GAUCUCACAGGCAGAGGAUUCCCAAACCAACCGCAAACAUGAUCCAAGGUUCGCGUUCAGCAAACAACAGGAAAGAUAUUCUCCUCAACAUUUUCCUCUUCCUCCUAGCUACAAAAUUCGAUAAAAGCUUUCCGUUAACACUGAGUGACUGCGGAUCAGAGUACAGACGUCCAGAGUACACAGACAUCUCUGUAGACUGUGGAACGGAGUACAUCAAUCUGGCCAUCAAAUUCUGUCCUGUCAUAUACACCGGCUACAACGAAUCAGAGUUAAUUCUCAACAACAUCUUGAAUAACCCAGACUGCCAUGCGACCCUCGAUACUACCGUUUUACCUCCCGUGGCCCGAUUUAGGUUCCCGAUUAACUCAACCAAUGCCUGCGGCAGCAACUUUGUUACAAUAAGGAGUAUAGGGACAGGCGUAUUCUCAGACUUCUCCAACAUCGAGACGGUCAACAUCAGUGGAAUUAUACGAUCGAAAGACAUCACAACAGGCACUGUGACGUAUAACGCUGAGCUGAAGUACUACUACUCGUGCGCCUAUCCUCUGGAGUACCUGAUCAACAACACUCAAGUGGAUGUGUCGGCCUCCUCGAUUGCAGUAAAAGACAACAAUGGCAGUUUCAUCAGCACUCUGAAUCUCAGACUCUUCAGUGACAUGAACUACACCCAGCCUCUUGUCAUGCCUCCCCUCGGUAUUGAGCUGAGGACUAAUGUGUUUGUGCAAGUGGAGGCCACCAACUUGACCUCCCAGUACUUUGUGCUGCUGGACAGAUGCUAUGCCUCCAUUUCCACCUUCCCCACCACCAGGAGCUACUUCAACCUCUUUGUGCCUUGCGGCAGUGAUCGGCUCACUAAAAUGCUGGUGAAUGGGGAGAUGCAAAUUGCUCGGUUCUCGUUUUCAGCCUUCCGCUUCACAGAGCAGCAGAACCAGACAGUAUCAACAUACUACCUGCACUGCAUUACAAGACUCUGUGAAAUAUCAACCUGCAGUACAUUUAGGCAAUGUGGCCAACGAAAAAGGAGAGACGUUGUGCCUUUGACCACCACUCCUUCUCCAAAUGGAGUCACAGACAGCAGAACCAUCACAUCACCAGCCAUCGUCAUACGUGCAGAAAAUGUGGUGGCAACAAAAGAGGAAGAAGUCACAAUCAGCACGAAAACACCUUCAGACUCCUCUGUGGGUCUCGGCGUGGCUGUGGGCAUCCUGGCAUUUGCCUGCAUCAUGAUCGUAGGAAUGGGAGCAGUUUUCUACAAGAGACACUGGCACAACGCACCUUCAAAAAUGCCCCGGUGAGCUGAGACACCCUGCUCCAAGAGAGGACUGCCGGUCCCCGCCGGGACGAUCUCUCACCGCUGGAGGGCUGAGCAGGGCUCAGCGUAGAACUGUUUCGGACAUCUUGAUCUUUUCUAUAGUGUUUCUUGGUGAAUAAUCAUAGCACAAUGUGGUUUAGAAGAGCAACAGUGCACUACAUCAGCUCUACACCUUAAACUUGUGUUUAAGUGUAGCAUGGACCUGGGAAUACAUGUUAAAAGCACAACCAAAGCAGAGCUUUAAUCCUUAGUUUAUAUAUAAGGCAAUAUGAAUUCUCUGUGAUUUUGUGUUUUCGAAUUGAAGUGCAUUAAAAAUACUGACCCAUCAAAUGAAUCCAAUCCGAAUGUGUGCGGAGGGUUUGGAGCUCUUCAAGACAGUCCCUAAUACCUUCUAAAAUGUUAUAUGUUAUUUAUUAAAGACUACUCUUUCUGCUUAACCCUCAUGCAAUUUUGACACCCCCAUAUCUAAAGACUACUCAUGCACAGCCCAAAACAUCCCUGCAUUUACAAUGAAACUUAUGACUUUUAAAUCAACACAUUUAAAGCAAUAGCAGAGUUAGAUUAGAGAUUCCUUCUGCGUGUUCAACUUCAUAAAUAAAGAAAUGGAAAUGAAAGCAAUUUCGAAUGAGAGUGAGCCGAAGGAGAGUGCAGCAAAGCGUUGAUUUUUAGAUCUGAAGUUAUGUUCUUGGCUCUGCACUUUGUAUCUUUAGAAUUCCUAUGGCAGGCUGAGCUCUUAAAAGUAGAUGUAUAUUUGUGAUUCAUCCAUUAAUGCAUGCUUCAUAUGAAUAAAGGCUGCUGGUACAAGAACAAA